UCUUUCUCAUACUCGUGUGUAAACUCUCACACACGUACACAAAAACACAACACAAACCACAGAAAAACAAAACAACAAGAAGAUUCACAGAAUCAAACAAUCACAAACACAAAAAACAUGUCUCGUUAUUCCUCUUCAAAUCCCUUCGCAACAAUAACAACUAACUCACUAUAUUCCGAUUCCGACACCGAUUCGCUGAGUCAAUUCGUCACCGAUCUCUACCAAAAUCGUUCCCCCACCGACCCAUCUUGUCCUUGGGACGACGAAGAAGAUACACGCAUAAACCCUUUCUCCAACAUCGCUGAUUUUCAUCAAGGUGAACCAGAAUUAGGUUUAGGGUUAGGGUUUGAUGUUGAAUAUGAAUAUGAAAAUGAAACUCAAUAUAAUGAUGAUAAUUAUGAUGAUGUUUUUGAUUUUUCUUCAUUAGUUGGGGGUGGUGGUGAUUCUGGUGGGCUUAGGGUUGUUGAAUUUGGUACCGAUUCGGAAUCGAGUGGGAAUGAUGAAGAAUUUGAUUAUGGUGGGGAGAAUGAUGAUGAGAGGGUUAGUGGGUUGUGUUGGGAUAGUCUUUGUUUGGAAGAUGAUCAUAGGAGUGUUUUGAAUGAUUGGGAGGAAGUGAUUGAAGGGAGGGUCAAUGAGAAUGAGAUUGAAGAAGCUUCUUCUAGUUUGUUAAUUGAUGAGGUUGAGGUUGAUGUUGAUGUUAAUGUUGAGGUUGAGAUUGAUGAACAAUCGAUGGAGUCGGGGUUUGAGGGGGAAGAAGAUGAAGCCGGGGAAGAGGCGUUGAGGUAUUUGGAAUGGGAGAUCUUAUUGGCUUUUAAUAAUUUAGAGAGGAAUGGUGGAUUGGAACAUGAAGAUGAGAGUUUGAAUAAUUUGUAUUUAGCUGUUCAUGAUGGGAUUAUAUCGGGGAAUACGGAUUAUGACAUUCUUUUCGGACAGUUAUUGGAGAAUGACAGUGGUUUGAAGGGUAGUCCACCAGCGGCAAAGAGUUUCGUGGAGAAUUUACCGUUGGUGGAGUUGACUGAGGAGGAGUUGAAAGAAAAGGAUGUUGUGUGUGCUGUUUGUAAAGACGAGGUAACGGUGGAAGAGAAGGUUGGGAAGUUGCCUUGCUCACAUUGUUACCAUGGUGAUUGUAUUUUGCCGUGGUUGAAUAUUCGGAAUACUUGUCCUGUUUGUCGGUAUGAGUUACCAACGGAUGAUGAUGAUUACGAGCAGAGUAAGGUUCGUAGGGUGGCUCGUGAUCUGUUGGACUUUGAUGCAUAGAUGUAGUUUUUGACUUAUGCUUUGCUUCAGGUUUUACCCUCAAAUUUAUGUAAAUAGUAGUUGGUUUUGUCUCGUUUAUUCAAAUGAUGAUGAGAAAAAACUUUUGCAAUUAGUUUUCAAUUUUCAUUCUGUGGUGGUGGUGAUUUUGGAAUAAGUUUUAUGCCAUUUUGUGUGCAUUGGAUUUGAUUUACUCAAUAAAAGGAUGCUGUUAAUAUUCCAUUUUAUGUUCAUAAAGUUGAAGUGUAUCACAAGAUGGAUCAUGUUGAUGGGUUAGUUAGUGUUUCUCUUCAUAAAAAAAUUAGUUAUUGUAUUAUAGUGUUGAUCAUCUGUAUGUCUUUAGUUUAGCUGACCCUUUUUCUAAGGAAAAGGAAGAUUGGAAAACCAUUACUAAUUAGCUGAAUGGUUUUGUAAGCUUGUAACUUUGUAUAAGUAAACAUGGUUCUUAAUUCUUGUUCACUUAGUUUUCUGUUUUUUAUAUGAAGAAAGUUGUUAUUCCAUGAGCA